AUGAACCCUGAAUACGACUACCUCUUCAAGCUCCUCCUCAUCGGAGAUUCCGGUGUGGGAAAGUCCUGCCUGUUGCUCCGAUUCGCCGAUGACACCUACACCGAGUCCUACAUUUCCACUAUCGGCGUCGACUUCAAGAUUCGCACUAUCGAGCUCGAUGGCAAGACCGUGAAGCUCCAGAUCUGGGAUACCGCCGGUCAAGAGCGUUUCCGCACCAUCACAUCGUCCUACUACCGCGGCGCCCACGGUAUUUGCGUUGUCUACGAUGUCACCGACAUGGACUCGUUCAACAACGUGAAGCAGUGGCUGCAGGAGAUCGACCGCUACGCCACAGAGGGUGUGAACAAGCUUCUCGUGGGUAACAAGAGCGAUAUGGCGGACAAGAAGGUGGUUGAGUACGCUGUGGCAAAGGAAUUCGCCGACAGCUUGGGCAUUCCCUUCCUCGAGACCUCUGCCAAGAACGCCAACAACGUCGAGCAGGCUUUCCUCACCAUGGCUCGUCAAAUCAAGGAGCGCAUGGGCAACACGACGGUCAACAACAAGCCCACCGUACAGGUUGGCCAGGGCUCCAAUGUGCAGUCCGGUAGCGCUGGCGGCUGCUGCUAA